AUGUCUUUAAGAAACAAUUACCAAACAGCUCGUAAUGAUUUCCGAAGUGACACAUUGACAACCCCUACAAAAUCCAUGAUUGAAGCAGUGGCAACGGCUUCAAUUGGAGAUGCAGUUUACAAUGAAGACGAUGAUACAAUUGAUUUAGAAGAAAAAGUCGCAAAUAUUGCUGGUAAAGAAGCAGGCUUGUUUUGUGUUUCAGGUACUUUAUCAAACCAAAUUGCCUUGAGAACGCAUUUAUACCAACCACCAUAUUCAAUAAUAUGUGAUUAUAGAGCACAUAUUUAUUGUAGUGAAGCAGCUGGGAUUGCAAUGUUGUCAAAUGCAAUGGUCUCCCCAGUCAUCCCUUCAAAUGGUGAUUAUUUAACUUUGGAAGAUAUCAAAAAGAGAUUUAUACCUGAUGAUGGAAGUGUUCUUGGUGCUCCUACAAAGCUUAUCUCUUUAGAAAACACUUUACAUGGUGUUGUUUAUCCUCUGGAAGAGUUGAAAAGAAUUUCCAAGUUUUGUAAAGAAGUGAAUAUUCCAUUACAUUGUGAUGGGGCAAGAUUAUGGAACGCUAGUAUUUCAACUGGUGUUAGUAUUAAGGAAUACGGUGAACUUUUUGAUACAAUUAGUUUAUGCUUAUCAAAAUCACUUGGAGCUCCAAUUGGUUCUGUACUUGUUGGCCCUAAAGAAUUCAUUCGAAAAGCUAAUCAUUUCAGAAAACAAAAUGGUGGUGGUAUUAGACAAAGUGGUAUGUUAUCCAGAAUGGCUAUUGUGGCAAUUGAUGAAAAUUGGAGCAAGGUAAAAGAAGCUCAUGGGUAUGCCAAAGAAUUUGGUGAUUUUGUGUCAUCUCAUGGAAUUGUGCUCGAAUCACCUGUUGAUACGAAUUUUGUAUUUGUUGAUGUUGAAAAAUCCGAGAUUGAUGAACAGGUACUAUUAGAGACUUCUUUGAAAUAUAAUUUGACUAUUCGUCCUAGUGGUAGAAUUGCAUUUCAUUAUCAAAAUGAUCGGGAAAGUGUUGAUGCUUUAAAAAAGGUUUUUGUGGAGGCUUUAGAGAUCUCUAAAGCUCGUCCUGAAUCUUCACAGGGUGACGAAUACAAAUAUAGAUCUGGAUAUUGA